GGGGGGUUGGGUGCAAGGGAUGGGUCUUACCCUGCCCUGUACUGUCUCUCCAGGAAGUCUUUGGGAGCUUGGGCCAGGCUCCCAGCGCUGUGGCCAAGAGGACAGGAGAGUCAGGAGACAAAAGAGAGGUUCUGGGUUUUGGCCAGCUAUAGAGAAACAAACAGGGCUAGGGCGCUGAUGGAGACGCCGGCUUCUCAUCCCUUACACAAAAGCAAGGGAGGGGGAAGUGAUCUUUAAAAUCCAGGAAGUAGUAAUAAUAAUAAGAACUUGGAUUUUUAGGAGGCACAGUGACACUCUUUCAUUCUUCUGUCAGACAGAAGAUAGGGCUGGAAGUUUGCAGUCAACCCCCAGAGGCCUGUCCGCCUUCCCUGAAAGAAAUAGAAAGGAGAUGGGUUUCCAGGGUCGGGCCAGCUGAACCACUGGGGAUGGCGGUCCCUUCCUCAAACUGCAGGUCCCCUCAGAAGAGGUUUCAUCCCCGAUCCCCUUGAUUUAACGUAACUUACUGGCUCCGGAUAUUUUAAGCGGUUUGUUUACGGCGCAACUGCAGGCUGCACCGCCAACUCGCUCCGCGCCUGGAGCGGCCAGGGCAUCUCCCAGCACCCACUCAGGUCGGCAGCCGCCCCAUCGCCCGGCCCGCGGCGGGGGGCGCCCGGCCGGAUCAGCUGCAGACCGGACCCCCCAAGAACGCGCGGGCGGCCCGAUCCUCGGCGACGGCGGCGGCGGCGCUGACACCUCCCACCAUGGACAGCUUCGACUUAGCCCUGCUCCAGGAAUGGGACCUCGAGUCGCUGUGGGGUGAAGACAUCCUAAACCAGAGGAAUGACUCUCUAGUUGUGGAGUUUCAGUCGUCAGCCAGCAGAUGCAGGAGUGUCUACGAACCAGAUAGAAACGUGUUACGGAGGAAAGAACGAGAAAGAAGAAACCAGGAAGCUCAGCAGGAUGAUGGCACAUUUAAUUCGAGUUACUCCCUCUUUAGUGAACCCUACAAGACUAACAAGGGGGAUGAGCUCUCCAACCGGCUCCAGAACACUUUAGGCAAUUACGAUGAAAUGAAAGACUUUCUCACGGAUCGAUCAAACCAGAGUCAUCUUGUGGGUGUUCCCAAACCUGGGGUUCCUCAGGCUCCCGUGACCAAGAUUGAUGAACAUUUUGUGGCAGAUUCAAGAACCCAGACUCAACCAGCAUCCGUCUGCAGCACCACAUCUGCCCCAGCAGCCAUGCCCGGGCAGCAGAGUAAGCGGGGCACCGUGGGCUGGCAGAAGGCUGGGCACCCGCCGUCCGAUGGCCAACAGAGAGCAACACAACAGGGCGCUCUCAGGACCUUGCUUGGCGAUGGCGUUGGCAGACAGCAGCCGCGGACCAAACAGGUGUGCAAUGUCGAGGUGGGUCUCCAGACCCAGGACAGGCCCCCCGCCAUGGGAGCCAAGCAUAGCGGCAGUGGCCACUGCGUGCAGAACUUUCCUCCCUCCCUGGCUUCGAAACCCAGCCUCGUCCAGCAGAAGCCUACUGCCUAUGUGCGGCCCAUGGACGGCCAGGAUCAGGCGCCCGAUGAGUCUCCGAAGCUGAAGUCGUCUACAGAGACUGGCGUUCAUUGCUUGUACAGGGGUGUCCCGGCCGCCAAGUCAGAGUCAGCCAGAGCCAAGGCCAAGCUCUCCAAGUUCAGCAUCCCCAAACAAGGAGAGGAGAGUCGAUCUGGAGAAACCAACAGCUGUAUUGAAGAAAUCAUUCGGGAGAUGACCUGGCCUCCACCGCUUGCUGCUAUUCAACCACCUGGCAAAGUGGAACCAAGCAAGUUUCCAUUUCCAAAUAAGGACUCUCAGCUUGCCUCCUCUGGACACAAUAAUCCAAAGAAAGGUGAUGCCGAGCCAGAGAGUCCAGACAAUGGCACAUCGAAUACAUCCUCUCUGGGAUGGUUAUCCCCAUUUACAGAUAAGGGAAAUGAUGCGCUGAGAGGAAUGCUAGAGGAUGACCUUAAGCUAAGCAGCGAUGAAGAGGAGAAUGAACAGCAGGCAGCCCAGAGAACGGCCCUCCACGCUCUGUCUGACAGUGCCGGACUCCAGCCGGCCGACGGCAGGGCCUCCGCGCCCUCGAGCAAGGGCAGCAGCAGCGGCAGCAGCAGCGGAAGCAGCUCCUCCAGCGACUCGGAGACCAGCUCGGGGUCCGACUCGGAGACGGAGAGCAGUUCCAGCGAGAGCGAGGGCGGCAAGCCUGCCCACUUCUCCAGUCCCGAGGCGGAACCAGCGUCCUCUAACAAAUGGCAGCUGGAUAAAUGGCUAAACAAAGUGAAUCACCACAAGCCGCCUGUCCUGAUCCAAAAUGAAAGCCACCACGGGCCGGAGAGCAGUGAGUACUACACCCCAGUGAAGGAGGACACGCAGGACUGCGGGAAGCUCCCCGACGUCUGCCCGCCCGGCCUGAGAGACAAGGACAUCAAGGGCGCCUGCAAGGAGGAGCAGAGGCCGAGGACCGCGAACAAGGCCCCGGGCAGCAAGGGGGUGAAGCAGAAGUCCCCGCCCGCGGCCGUGGCCGUGGCCGUGACCGCCGCCGCCGCCCCGCCGCCCGCGGUGCCUGGCGCGCCCGCCGAGAGCGCACCCGCGCCUGCCCGGAGGUCCGCGGGCAAGAAGCCCGCCCGGCGCACCGAGAGGACCUCGGCCGGCGACAGCGGCCCCCGGCCCGAGGAGCCCGUGGCUGCCGAGGCGCUGGGGGCGAGCGCGGGGCUUCCCCCGGAGCCCCCCAAGCCCCGGCCUUGCGGCAACAGCAGGACCAACCACCGCAAGGAGCUGCGCUCGGCCGUGACCUGCGAGAAGCGCCGCACGCGGGGGCUGAGCCGGAUCGUCCCGAAAUCCAAGGAGUUCAUCGAGACGGAGUCGUCCUCUUCGUCCUCCUCCUCGGACUCGGACCUGGAGUCGGAGCAGGAGGACUACCCUCUGUCCAAGGCCGUGGCCGCCGCUGCCGCCGCCGCCUCCGGGAACGACCCGAGGCUGAAGGAGGCUCCCAGCAGCAUCAGCGGCGGCGGCCCCCGCGCUCCCGUGGGCUCCAUCAACGCCAGGACCACCAGCGACAUUGCCAAGGAGCUGGAGGAGCAGUUCUACACACUGGUCCCCUUCGGCCGCAACGAGCUUCUCUCCCCGUUGAAGGACAGUGACGAGGUCCGGUCACUCUGGGUCAAAAUUGACCUGACACUUCUGUCCAGGAUCCCGGAACACCUGCCCCAGGAGCCGGGGGUCUUGAGUGCUCCAGCGGCCAAGGACUCUGAGAGCGCACCCCCGAGCCACGCAUCCGAGGCGCCCGUGGAAAAGACCUUGCCAAAAUCCAAGAGGAAACGCAAGUGCGACAACGAAGACGACUACCGGGAGAUCAAGAAGGCCCCGGGAGAGAGGGAGAGCUCCUCACGACUGACCGCCUCUGCCAACAGUGCUUUGCCCGCAAAUCAUUGCAGCAUGAACAUCAACAGCUUGGCAAUACCAAUAAAUAAAAAUGAAAAAAUGCUCCGGUCGCCCAUCUCACCCCUCUCCGACGCAUCUAAACACAAAUUCUCCGGCGAGGACUUAACUUCCUCCAGCAGAUCCAACAGCAACGGUCUGUUCACUUCCACCUCCUCCAACAAAAAGCAUAAGGUGGAGAGCCAGCUGCAGACCCACGCCGCGGACCUCACGAAAGCGGCUCACAACAAUUCCGAAAGCAUUCUCCACAAGUCACGGCCGCAGACAGAGCCCUGGUCUCCAGGCGCCAACGGCCACCGGGACUGCAAGAGGCAGAAACUCAUCUUCGAUGAUAUGCCACGCAGUGCAGAUUAUUUUAUGCAAGAAGCUAAGCGAAUGAAGCAUAAAGCAGAUGCGAUGGUGGAAAAGUUUGGAAAGGCUCUGAACUAUGCAGAAGCAGCCUUGUCAUUCAUUGAGUGUGGAAAUGCCAUGGAACAGGGCCCCAUGGAGUCCAAAUCUCCUUACACCAUGUAUUCAGAGACAGUUGAGCUCAUCAGGUAUGCCAUGAGACUAAAAACCCACUCCAGCCCCAACGCCACACCAGAGGAUAAACAGCUGGCUGCAUUAUGUUACCGAUGCCUGGCUCUUCUGUACUGGCGGAUGUUUCGACUCAAAAGGGAUCACGCUGUGAAGUAUUCAAAGGCACUUAUCGACUAUUUCAAGAAUUCGUCUAAAGCUGCCCAAGCCCCAUCUCCAUGGGGGGCCAGUGGAAAGAGCACUGGAACCCCAUCCCCCAUGUCUCCCAACCCGUCCCCCACCGGCUCCGUGGGCUCUCAGGGGAGCCUGUCCAACGCCAGCGCCCUGUCCCCAUCAACCAUCGUCAGCAUCCCGCAGCGCAUCCACCAGAUGGCAGCCAACCACGUCAGCAUCACCAACAGCAUCCUGCACAGCUACGACUACUGGGAGAUGGCAGACAACCUGGCCAAGGAGAACAGAGAAUUCUUCAACGACCUGGACCUGCUCAUGGGGCCGGUCACACUGCACAGCAGCAUGGAGCACCUGGUCCAGUACUCCCAGCAGGGCCUCCACUGGCUGCGGAACAGCGCCCACCUGGCCUGAACGCCGCCCCGGCCGCGGCGGGCGCGUCUCCAGGACGGCCCAGCGCUUCUGGACACUGUGCUCCCCACCUUCCCGGCCGCAGCGUUUCUCGAAAGGCGGUGAAUAUUUUCCAGCAUCGAACAGCAGUCUGUUCUCCCAGGGCGUGUGUGUUUGUGUGUGUGGGUGUGGAAUAAGCUGCCGGUGGAGGUGUGUAAGACACAACAGUUCUCUAGAACACAUCUCCUGUGUCCCACUUCCAGCAUCCCAGGCUAGACAAAGUGAUCUGACGUUUCUGAUUAGAGAAAACACACUCACUCACACACACACACACAUUUUCUAGUUCAAAGCUCAACCGUGACUUCUUAGAAUAUUCAACCAAAAUCUCAUGGGUUAGUGAACCAGGUGCAAUAGAGCACACCAAAAGCUUGACUGCCCGUUAAGAUGAACCCAGCUCUUAUACUAUUGAUUCCUUUCAGUAUUAAUAUCCUUUUCUCCCAUUAUUUUUUUAUUGUCUGUAUUAAUGGGUUUUUGAAUAAUGAAAAUAAGUCAGUUAUUUUUGUGCUGGACGUUUACUAGAUUGCAUGUUACCAAAUACCCUGCUUUUUGUCUAGUCCCUUCCCUCCUCCAUCCAAUUCUCUAUCUAACUCUGCUAUCAACUAAACGUGUUAGACGCAAAUGACUCGACUCCCAUGGGCCUUCCCUGCCCCCCAAAAUAGGAUGACCAUGACCCUGACCCUGAGAUUUGGUGGGGAAAAAAAAAAAACAAAAAACUCUGUGUCUUUGAAAACGCACCCACAUGGAAGCAGCAGCAGCUGUGUCCCCGGGCUCGGCGAGGAACUGACCCCCGCACAUGCCAGGAGCCCCCCGGCACGUGUGUUCCUUCCUCCCGCCACUGUGACCCCAGGGGCUGUGCAGCCCCGUGGGUUUGUCAGCCGAUACUUUUCAACAAGUCUUUUCUUUCCGUGAGAGCUUUCUUACCCAUGUUCUUGGCCAAAUGAGGACAUUGUCUCGGAUGUCCCUUCCCUCGGAAUCUGUCUGUUGCUUUGUCAGGCCAAGAACUGUUUGCUGCAAUGAUUCUGUCUAAUCCUGUCUUUGGAGAAAGUGCCGUGCAGACCUUAAAUGCAUUUUUGACCUGGGGUAUGUAUGUCAGGGUCUGAUGAGCAGGUUGCCCACCACAGAGCAGGUGAUCCCUGUAGUGAUUGAGGUUCUGUCUGGGGUAGCAGCGACCCGAACAUCAUGCUUAAGCCCCCGUGCAUCUGGUACGUGUAUGUCUUCCCCCGAUUCUUUUUUGUUUUGUUUAAUUAAGUUUACAUUUUAGUUUUUUCAACAUUUUGUUUACAGUGUUUGAAAUUUCUUUUGUUGUCUGAAAUUUAUUUCUUUUAUUGUCUCUUGUCAUAUCCUAGAUUUAGUGUUCCUGUUAAAUAUAUUUGAAUACAAAGAUAUUGGUAAAAAAGAAAAACUCCUGGAAAGGAGGAUAUACCUUGUCAUGCUUUAAAAACAAAAAUAAUGACCUUGAUGCCUCUCACUUGACAAAAUUACCCCAUGACAGCCUGAGAAAGACAGAUGAUGGGGUACAUGGAAUAAUCCAUUUUUCAAGGUGGUGGUAACAUAAAAUACUUAUAUCAGAUGCUAAUGGUCUCACUGGUUUGGUUGCAAUGUUAACAUUUUCAUCAGCCUGAUCUGUGGGUGGGAAAUCAGAUUGCUGUAAUCCCCUAGCUCUAAGCACUGAUUCAAAACUGUGCAAGUGAUUGAACAGCUUUGGCGAUUUGAAAUUCAUUCAAUGAACAAGUGAAGGCUUUGUGAAAUUUGUAUUUGGUGUUGGCCUUUAAGCAGCUGGAAAUAUUAACAAUACUUCUUUUUUCACAUUUAUCCAACUGCGGUGCUUCUGACAUUCCUUUCACUAAUUAUUACUAGAUCUCCCCUUCCCAUUGGGGUCUCACUUAAGACAUUUUUGUUUUUGUUUGUUUGGUUGGUUUUUUUUUUUUUUGGAGGACUGAGGCUUAGUUCUACUCACUGUUGCUGAAUUCUGAUGAAAUGUUCAGACUCUCACAUAAAAGGACGGCCCCCCAGUGUCCCUCAGGCAUCCCUGGGUGCCUUUCUGAUCUUAUCCACCGUUAAGCCCCAGGCCCCAUGGUGGCAUCCACGUAGUGUGCUCACAUGUAAAGGCACAGGCUGUCUCCAGCCGGUUGUGCCCCAGCACUGCAUCAGAACGCCGUGAGCCGCGGUCGUUUCCAACAAAACGUGAAACCAGUUAACUGGGGGCAGUCACAGCAUGCCAUUCUUCUCUGUCUCAUUUCAUUGGUGGAGCAUGUCGGGGCAGUGGUUGUUCCUUGCUUUGGCAUCAGUGCUUUUGAUAAGGAAGCAUCUUCUGAUCAUUGCUGGUCCCUUUUCUUUAGUUUUGUUCAAAGUAAAAAUAGCUUUCUUGUGUUUUCUGAUUAUGAAACUAACAGACACUCAUGGUGAAAAUUCAAACAAUACAGACAAGUGUAAAGUAGGAAGUACUCAGCCCCAACCCCCAGAGACAGCACUGCUCACACUUCCCUGUAUAUCCUUCGGGAGAGUCUCCCAUUUAAAUGUAGAAUGUCUAUCAUCAUUUCCUUCUAUUUGAAGACAUUAUUUCUUCAGAAGUUCAGUACAAGUUCAACUGGCCUUAUCCCUCCAUGACCUGAAUGGACCUGGAUCACAAUUGUUAGAAAUAUCUUUGAAAGAGAGGAACCCAAAUAAUAUUCAUGAUUAAAGUGUGGGAUUUGUUACCAUUCGACACAGAUCAGACUUACAUGCAGAAUUGUGCUUGGGAAGAGAGGUUCGGUUAAAAUGUUAUUUCUGGAAACUUUCAAAUUGCAAACGGAAAGUCGGACCCACUGUCUAAAGAGAAAUGUACUGGAAAAAAAAAUCUGAAAAGUUGACAAACUGUGUAUUGGAUUGAAGAUGUGGAAUCAACGCAGUGAGCUUUUCUGCACUAAAACGUACCCUCGUAUCUACAACAAAGAUGUGUGUAUUACAUAACAGUGAUGUGUACAUUUCUGACAUCCCAUACAUAAUAUACACAGUUUGUAUAAAUGCAUACAUUUAAAAAUAUAUAUGUACAGUACAGCUACCAUAAAACUGUAGUACGCUUGAAGGAUAUGACCAGUGCCUAAUGUUGAGUAUAAGUCACUGCGUGUUUAAAUCACCUCGGAAGUGCAGUAAUUGUUAUCAGAUUAAUCAGUGCAGCCAAUCUUAUUUAUGAACCACAUCUUUGAAACUGUGCAGUAGUAUAUACAUAUAUAUUUUUAAAUAACAUUUUUCACAGUUUUCCAGAGUUACUGUUGAAAUCUGUAUCACCAAAAAAAAAAAAAAAGCAAGAUUUUUUUUAAUGAUGUAGACACUCUCCAAACCCAGUAAUCUGUGUGUGAUUUCCUGUUUGUAGAUACCCAAGACACUUUAGCAGUCACCAGCCUUAAUGCAUGUACAGGAUAUUAUUGUGACUUAAUUUAUCUGCAGUUUUUAAUCCAUGUGAAAUUGGAAUUUAUAAACUGACUUGGAUUAACUAUGUCUGCCUUUCUAAGGUUGCAAAUGUUACAUUAAAUGAUUUAUGUUGUAAA